AUGUCGGGACCAGCGUCCAGAUCCAGAAUGGCGGUAGCAGAAGAAGAAGAAGAAGUAGAAAAGAAAGAUUUAUUCUUCAUCGCUGAUUGUUUUCCUUUACUAGAAGAACUCAAUCUCACUUAUCCCCGUACUUGUUGUGACAAAGAUUUUAUGGUAGAUGAUAAUGAUCCAUUAUUGGCACUUCCCAAUCUCCGCAGGAUCAACCUAUCUGGUGUUUGCAUUGUAAAUUUUGGAAGGACACGGGAGAAGCUUCAAUUUGCGGAAAGGGUUAUGGUUGCAAUCGAAAACACUUGGGACAUGAUUGUUCAAUAUGCUAGACCUUAUGAACAGAUAUAUGUGCUCAAAUUUGCCCAAUAUACUGGUGCUCGUACUUUUGUUGGUAGACACACUUCUGGUACAUUCACAAAUCAACUUCAAACAUCAUUUUGUGACCCUCGUCUUCUAAUACUCACUGAUCCAAGAAUUGAUCACCAGCCAAUUAAGAAACUUGCUCUUGGUAUAUAUUGGUCUGUUUUGAAGCUCACUUCAAUCUUGCCACCAAGUCUACCAUUAAUAAAGGAGUUGAAAAAGAGGAAUGCAUUGCAUACCUAUUGA